GACUCCGCAGGUUAACAGUUGAAAUUAUGGCCGUCGCGAUGCAGACGGAGGAUUUUCCUUACUUACCUUCGGGGCUGGCGGAGGUAAAUAAAAUGAUAAAGGAGCAUGGUGACCUGUUUUCUGACUCUCAGUGUAAAGUCUGCAGUGCCGUCCUCAUUUCAGAGUCUCAGAAGUUGACUCAUUAUCAGAGCAAGAAACACGCCAACAAAGUGCGGCGUUAUUUUUCCCUCCAAAAUGAGAAGGAACAAGCGGUCAAAAAGAUCAAGUCUUCGCCUGACGCUGACUGUAACAAUGGAGACACAGACCGGUUUAAGAAGUGUCAUAUAUGUGACAUGACCUUCUCCUCUCCGGUGGUGGCUGAGUCCCACUACCAGGGCAAAGUUCACGCUAAGAACCUGAGGCUGAUCCCAGGUGUUGCCUCGCAAACACCUCCCUCCCAAACACCACCGACAGUUCAGCCAAAGAAGAAGCCUGCGGAGGAUUUGAGCAGUGUGGCAGUGACAGGCGGCAACAACAACAACAACAACAGCAACCCAGAUCGUUUCUGCUCCAUCUGCCAGGCCUCCUUUAACAACCCGCUCAUGGCCCAGCAGCACUACGUGGGCAAGAAGCAUCGAAAACAGAUGACCAAGCUGAAACUGAUGGAGACAUACGGGCCCUCCACAGCACCAGCUUCCACGCUAAAGGGCUACCCAUGCACCGUCUGCAGCAUUGAACUGAACUCUGUGGAGCAGUACCAGUCUCACAUAAGUGGAGCCAAACACAAGAACCAAGUGAAGAAAUCAGGCCCGAAGACUGCAGAGAACCAAGAGGCAGCAGAGCAAUCGUUCAGUGGCGACGCCGCUGGAGAAAACCAGUACAGCAACACACCUGCAGAAGAGCAGUUUGCAGCGGAGGAAGGAGAAGCAUACACGGGAGAAGGUGAAGUGUACACAGCCGGAGGUGAGCAGUACGCUCCUGAGGACACGGAGUACUCAGAGGAGUGCCAGUACACUUGAGUUUGGGCUGCAGAGGUUUUUCAGUCAGGACAUAGAAUGACACACAACAACCAGCCCCCCCCCCCCCCAGCUCAUUAACAUCGACCUCCAUGGACCUUCAGCUCCUGCCAGAGUCUCUAAGUACGUUUUCAUCUUCACCACAGGUUUGGACUCUGAACACCCCUACAGGUCAUUUUUUGAAAUUUAUUUAGGAGUCCCACCUGAAAACAAUUUUGUUUUGAGUGUGUUUUUUGUUUUUUUUCUCCGUCACAAAGCUUCUGAUGAAUUGAUAAGAAAAGCUGUUUGACCUCCAGAGUGUGAUCGUGACCUACAAUCAUGAUGAAGGGCAACUUUGAGGGUUCAACAGGCGUCUACAGUUUGAAAAUCUUUCUCAAAUGAUUGUACAUUAAGGCUGGCUAUCUACAUACCCAGACUUUUUUGUACGCUAGUUUGUUUUUUGUUUUUAUUUUUGUCCUUUUCCUUUCAUUUGAAUCUUAUAAUUUUCAGGGGAAGCCAAUGGUUUCACAUGUUGAAAGUGUUCUGUAGGAAAGGAGAAAGAAAAGAUUUAUAUCUGUAAACACUAAAACCCCAAAUCUGAUCAUACAUUCUAUGCAAGCUUUAAAAUAACUGUACUAGGAAGAUAUCAGGGCGGUAGUAACAUUAUACACACCUUUAUAGUGAAGUUUUCUCGUCCAAGAGGCCAUUUCAAAUCUAUACAUUUACACACCUGCUGACACACACUCUAGUCUGAUGCUAAUAUUAACUCUGCGACAUACUGACACUUGUUCACUACUAAAUCCACCCAGCGCUUCAUCAGAUGAUUCCUCUGGGAGAAUGAACAUUUAAAAAGGGAACCAAUGUGAGAUCAUCAGUCAGAGCGAUGAACAAGAAGCUGCAUCACAAGUUUGAAGUCUUCAGUAUUUCAGAAGCACUCGAUACAUUUACAUCUUUUCAUGAGGUGCAGAGUGGAGGUUCUUUCCCACUAAAGAUCUUUGACCAGAACAGACACCAGCUGAACAAAAGUAAAAUUUUGGCCUGUUAUCAAGUUACUCAGAGAAUGAUCCCUCGCAUGACAGCUGAGAAGAAGUGCUCCGUGUUAAAGCUUUGAGCAUCAUUCAAAUGAUCAGCCUGUCAUCUUAAAAAAAGACACUGCGUGGGUCCUGUGCGAUGUGAAUCAUAGGUGCCCUCUUGUGGUAGUAGCAAUAAUGACAGGAGUGUAUGUGGCCGAUGAACCAGUGUGUGUAUCUUGCUAAGUACCUCAAAUGAAAGGCUACAUUUAAGUUUUAUAUCAUGAAACCUAUGGAGUAACAUAACGACUACUAUAAGUACUUAUAAACCAUGAAACAUGAAUGAGACAGUCUCACAGUGUUAAACACGGCUGCUCUCAAAAGGUCAAAUAUUUGGUUUUGGGAGUCAUUCUGUUAUAAAGGAAUUGUGAGGUCAGAACAGAGGACUUCACUAAAGAAAAAUCUGUCUGAUAUGAAUUUCUAGGAUUGGCUCAGAAUGCUGAUUUUACAGGAGGAUCUAAGUAUAAGCAAAUCUAUAAGUAUUAACAAAACCAGGAAAAUGUCAUAACUGAAAACAAGCGCCUUUUUUUGGGGGGGGGGGAACUCUGUUGACCCAAAAACCUUAAGAUUAACAAUGCGGAGCACCAAGGCCUUGAGGAAAGCCCGCUCCUUCCACAGAAGGAAUGACCUCUUCUGCAGGGCAGCAGAGUCGCACGCAGCCGGAUGCUCCACUGACACCGACUGUCAGCUCCCCCCUGCUCUUUAUACUCUGCCUCUGAAUGCAGAGCGGGCUCAGGUGUGCUCGACCGGUGGCUGCAGUAAGGCUAGGAGCAGCACCUGGAGGGGUCAGAGAGAGAGAGAGAGAGAAAACAAAAAAGAACACGCAGCACUACAGCACAUUAAAGUCGUUAAGCCUGUAUUAAUAACGCUAACAUCUAGUAAUCAAACUGCAUGUAAGCAAUGAAAAUACAAAAGUAAGCUGCUUCCCAGUUCAUGUGACUUUUUCUUUAAUUCUACUGAAUAUAUAUUUGUUUUAGUGUCUUCAGUGAAUGUAUUCAGACACAACCUCACGUCUUGUCUCUUCUAACUGCAAGCUGCAUUAUUCUCCUACUCUGGUGUUGAAGAGGCUGUGACAUUUUGCACAUUCAGAUCCGUCACUGUAGCCGCUUCAGAUGUCGUAACCAUCCGGAGAGAGAAAAGAAAAUUACAGGUCAGCUCAAAGUUUGUAAAAGUUGAACUCAGUUUUCUGGUUUCAUUUAAGAGCAUUUUAAUUUCAAGCUUAAAGAAACCUCUCCAGAAGUUUGUUUUUUGAUUGUUUUACGUGAUUUCAACUUCUGUGCACAUUUCUGAGUACCUUUGGAUAAAAACAUUUUCUUUACAUGUUUCAUCUUAUCCUUUUUUUUUUUAACUGUUUUUUACUGGCCAACUUUUGUUCAUUUCCUGUUGACUGUGAGAUAUGGCCAUCUGAUGGUUGCAUAAAAAGGAGAGAACUGUUUAACUGUAGGACACUAAUAUGAAGAAACAAAUGGAGGCUCCUCAUUCAUCGCUGAAAGUUACAGACGCUGCUAAAGGGUUAAUUUGACCUUAUAGAGUCUAAAUGAGAUCCUCUCAAGCUUCAAAAAGUACCCGACAAAGUCAAAAGUAAGCAUUUUCUACAUGUUGAUGUCAUUUUAUAUAAAUAGUUUCUUUCUCAGUUUUCAGGAGUUUGGAAAGAAUGGAAAAAAAAAGAGGGCAAAAUAGGAUCAUGGUGAAAAUAAAGGAAUAGUAUCCUCUGGUUUCAAAUGCAGUGGAUUCAUUACAGCUGUGAGAUGAAUGAACGCUAAGCUUUUUUGUAAUGAGUUCAAUUCUGAGUUUAUUAAAGGGUGAAGAUUUUUAAAGAUUUUUAGCCGUACAAACGGGGCGUCAUGAACUCUAAAAGAGACGUACGGUAGCUGCUCUCUGAGCUCUGUAAUUACUGUCAAUAGCAGAGAAUAUUUACCGCAGAGAUCUUUAAAAGUGAUGUCAGAUUAGGAAGUGAUGUCAAUAUUAGAACAACUUUUUUUAGUCCGUUUGUCCUCGUACAGGACGUUGAAUAUUUUAGUACUGAAUGUCUCAAACCUUCCAGCUAAAGAGAAAAAAAAAUCUUUUUUUUUGGAUGUUAUUUAUACAAAGAGGGCUCAUGCAUAUUGUCGAGUACAUGGUGUGUUAAAGACUAAAGGCCUUUCCUGUUACACCCUCAUCUUUUUGUGUGUUAGCUGUUUUGUGGUUACGAUUUUUCUUUCACUAUAAAUUGUGUACAACUGAGGGGGAAAAAGAUGCCGCAAAGAUGUGCUUAAGUAAAGAGAUGUUUUAAGAGAAA